AUGCAGGCAACUUGCGAAACUCCAAAGUACAUUAUGCCUCAUCAUGGCGUUUUUAGGCCAGAAAGUAGUACUACAAAAUUACGCGUUGUUUUUAACGCGUCAGAGGCAACGUCAUCUGGACAAUCGCUUAAUGAUAAUUUGUAUUCAGGAUCUGUUGUCCAAGAUGAUUUGUUUGCUAUUUUGUUGAGGUUUCGAAAACAUUCUAUAGUUUUCACCGCUGAUAUAAAAAAGAUGUAUCGUCAAAUUUGGAUACAUCCAGAUCAGUGUGAUUUACAAUGUAUUUUAUGGAAGGAUUUAGAGGAUGAGAAAUUACGUGUAUUUAAGUUGCUCACUGUUACCUACGGAACCAAAUGCGCUCCAUAUUUGGCGACCAGAGUACUAAAACAAAUAUGCUGUGAUGAACAGGACAAUUAUCCUUUAGCCGCUGCUGCUGGCAAAGAUUUUUACGUGGACGAUAUACUCAGUGGUACCGAGGAUUUAUCUUCUGCCAUUGAACUACAAAACCAGUUAAUACAUUUGUUAAAAUCAGCUGGUAUGGAGCUUCACAAGUGGAGCUCAAAUAAUCCUGUUUUGUUACAAAAAGUUCCAACGUCGGACCGAGAAUACAAUUUCGAUAACCCCAACUCAACAACUUUGGGAUUACAAUUCAAUCCUGAAAAUGAUAAAUUUAGCCUCUUAGGACCUUUGAUAAUCACAGCGAAGAUGUUCUUGCAGAAGUUGUGGAUUUUGAGAAUUGAUUGGGACGAUGAAGUUCCCUUACACUUAAAUAGAGAGUGGGAAAAAUUUAGUUCUGAACUGAGUCAAUUGAAAAAUGUAAACAUAGAUCGUCAUGUGUUAUGUUCUAAAGUUCUGAAAGUAGACCUGAUAGGCUUCGGAUAUGCUUCGAAAAAUGCAGAUGGUUGUGCCGUCUACACCAGGUCUUUGUCAAGGUCUGGUGAGAUAAAGGUGUCACUCUUAUGCAGCAAAUCUCGAGUGGCUCCCAACAAAGAAAUUAGUAUCCCACGUUUGGAGCUGUGUGCAGCGGAUCUGCUUUCCAAGCUUAUCGUUAAGGUUCUGUCAUCCUUGCAACUAGACAUUGAUGGAGUACAUUUGUACUCGGACUCCACUGUGGUGCUUGCUUGGAUCAAAACUCCACCUACAUCGUUGAAAACUUUUGUGGCUAAUCGAGUCGCUAGGAUUCAAGAGUAUACUAAGAACUUCCAAUGGCAUUAUGUAAAUACUGCUGAGAAUCCUGCGGACUUGAUAUCACGAGGAGUUUUCCCUUCAAAGAUCCAACAGUUGGACAUUUGGUGGAAUGGGCCUUCUUUUCUUUCAUCUAGUAGCUGUCCAAACUUCAAUGACGAUCCUGGUGUCGCAGAUGGUGAAUAUCUUCUUGAGAACCUAAAAGGAGCAGCGAAGACAACAGGUCCACUGAAUGCUGAGGAAUUAAACUAUGCAGAGACAUUUUUAAUUAAAAAUGUCCAAAUCCAAGAGUUUGCCAAAGACGUCAGUAGUCUCCAAAAACACCACUGUGUGCCUCCUGGUAGUAAAUUAAAAACUUUGAAUCCUUUCUUGGAUUCUAAAGGAUUGUUAAGAGUAGGAGGACGGUUGGCCCAACCAAUUGCACCUACUCAAAUCAUGGGCAAUUUGCCCAAGGAAAGAGUGUCUCCAGAUUUUGCUUUUAAUUGUGCUGGUGCCGAUUUCUGUGGGCCAUUUUAUAUUAAGAAUAAGGCUCAGCGUAAAGCGACUUUAAAGCGAUUCAUGGCUCGAAGAGGUAAAUGUGUGAAACUGUUUUCAGAUAAUGCUAAGAAUUUUGUAGGAGCUAACAGAGAAAUUAAAAAACUUUAUGAAAUGGUUAGAGAACCAGAUGAAAAGCUGACAGGAUAUUUAGCUGCAGAAGGCAUUGAGUGGAAAUUUAUUCCACCUAGAUCCCCACACUUUGGCGGUCUUUGGGAGGCAGCUAUAAAGUCAUUUAAAUACCAUCUAAAAAGAGUUGUUAAGGGAAUAAACUUAACUUAUGAAGAGUUCUUAACGGUAAUUGUGCAAAUUGAGGGAAUUUUGAAUUCUCGACCACUUUGCCCCUUGUCAGCUAACGAGGACGAUUUUGAGGUUCUUACUCCUGCACAUUUCUUAGUAAAUAGGUCUUUAACCUCUUUGAAUGAGCCUGAUUUGACAAAUUUAAAAGAAAGUCAUCUCAAGAGAUGGCAAAAGCAUUGUAAUCUCUUGAAACCCUGGGGUUUCAAGGUGGGGACCUCAACUUCUCUGCUACCUGCAUCUGCAGAAGCUCAGAGUGUACCAGAUUCAAUAAUUCUUGCCUUUCCAAGUUUGUUAGAAGCACAUGCUGGCCGACACUGGGCUGAGGAAAUGCGAGGAGCUUCUGGUUCAGAGUGGACUGGAGAUGUGCGAGCAGGUUCUGGUUCAGAGUGGACUGGAGAUGUGCGAGCAGGUUCUGGUUCAGAGUGGACUGGAGAUGUGCGAGCAGGUUCUGGUUCAAAGUGGACUGGGGAUGUGCGAGCAGAAUGGACUGGGGAUGUGCGAGCAGGUUCUGGUUCAGAGUGGGUUGGCAGAGUGCAUGCAACAACUGUCCGACUGCAUGUUGGUAGAGAGGAAACAGCAGCAGGUAGAAAUGGUGGAACAACAGUAGGAGGCACAGGCGGAAAGGCUGGAAGAGUAGGAGGCACAGGCGGAGAGGCUGGAAGAGAGCGAGGCACAGGCGGAGAGAGUAGAAGAGAGGAAGAAGCGGUUGAGAUUGCACAAGCUGAAACAGAUGGCCGUGCCAAAGGCCAAGCAGCAGGAUGUUUAGACCAAGAUGAUAAAAAUGAAGAUUGCCUUGAGGAAGACAAUGCAGGAAACUCAGUAGAAUCCAAAAUGAAUUUAGGAGCAAUUGAUCGACAUUUUUGA